CCUUAGAGUUAGAUAUAACUGAAUAAGAAACUCUCAGUGUGGCCAUCUGGGAUAUUCAGACAGGAUGUCUAUGACCAGGCUUCUUCUAGUGGGGCUGAUUGCUGUGACCUGUGUGGCUACACAGUCAGACUUAGAGAGAAGGGCACAGGAGUUUUUGGACAGGUUUGAUGGAAACGCUACUCAUCUCAUGUAUCAGUAUUCCCUGGCAUCAUGGGCGUACAACACAGAUAUCUCCCAGGAGAAUUUAGACAAACUGGUGAGUAUUCUGGUAGAUUAAAGUGAUGCUAAUGAAAGGCAGAAUUCAAAGCCAUCUUCGGAGACCCCUUAUUUGACCACCAAGACUGGGGGACCACAAGACUGAAUUGAGAAACCCGGUGGAUCUAUGGUUCUGGUUUUGAACAAUGUUAAUAAUGGUAUAUUGCUGUCAUUUUUGGAUUGGUAGGCUACAUUGCAACACAUAACUCCAGACAGACAACUAUUUAUUUUCCAUUGUCUAUUGUAUGGUAUUGUUAAUAUUAUGAAUCUAAUGUAAUUUCUGUCAACAUUUUGUUAUGUUUCAGGGUGUACAGAGUGCAAUCUGGGGAGAAUACUACAGCAAAGUAUCGAAGGAGUCUGAGAACUUUCCAAUCGAUCAGAUCAGUGAUCCAUUGAUCAAACUCCAGCUGACUUCACUCCAGGACAAGGGCUCUGGGGCCCUGUCCGCAGACAAAGCCGCACAUGUAAGACGCAGUCUUUUACUGCUGUCUUUGAUAUUUAUUUUCUUGAUUUGAAUUAUUUAACCAUUUAAAAGCACAAUUCACCAACAUGUGGGUACAAUGCAUUUCAAAUCAUUUACUAUAGCACUGAGAAGAGAAAGGACUUAUUUCCAUUGUGGUCCUCUUUGUGUUCACAUGUAAGAGCUUUUCUUUCUGUCCGCAUUUCAUCUGUUAGUCUGACUGGUCUUCUUUUAAUAUAACCAAUAUAACCAAUGUAAAUCUGUACGAAGGCCAAAUACUCACGGGAACAGGCUAGUCAAUCAUUGUAAUAACACAACAUAACAUAACUGGUUUGUGUUGCUGUUGUUGUAUUUCCUGUCAGCUGAACAAAGUGAUGAAUGAGAUGAGCUCCCUCUAUAGUACAGGCACGGUGUGCAGGAAAGACGACCCCUUCAACUGUCAAACUUUGGAACCAGGUAAACGGCUGACUCCCAAAUGGCACCAGUAGGGCUCUGGUUAAAAGCAGGGCACUAUGUAAUGAAUUGGGUGCCAUUUAUAAAGUACCAACUGUCAGCUCAGCUGUGGCAACCUUACUUUACGACCGACUGCCACCUAUAAUGGACGUCCAAGGUCAUUGACUGUCUCAAAUGGCACCCUAUUCCCUAUAUAGUACACUACUUUUGACCAGGGCCCUAGUAGAGUCAAACGUAGAGCAAAAUAUAGGGUCAAAAGUAGUGUACUAUAUAGGGUCAAAAGUAGUGCACUAUAUAGGGUCAAAAGUAGUGUACUAUAUAGGGUCAAAAGUAGUGCACUAUAUAGGGUCAAAAGUAGUGUACUAUAUAGGGUCAAAAGUAGUGUACUAUAUAGGGUCAAAUGUAGUGUACUAUAUAGGGUCAAAAGUAGUGCACUAUAUAGGGUCAAAAGUAGUGUACUAUAUAGGGUCAAAAGUAGUGUACUAUAUAGGGUCAAAAGUAGUGUACUAUAUAGGGUGAAAUGUAGUGUACUAUAUAGGGUCAAAAGUAGUACACUAUAUAGGGUCAAAAGUAGUGUACUAUAUAGGGUCAAGUGUAGUGUACUAUAUAGGGUCAAAAGUAGUGUACUAUAUAGGGUCAAAAGUAGUGUACUAUAUAGGGUCAAAAGUAGUGUACUAUAUAGGGUCAAAAGUAGUGUACUAUAUAGAGUCAAAAGUUGUGUACUAUAUAGGGUCACAAGUAGUAUACUAUAUAGGGUCAAAAGUAGUGUACUAUAUAGGGUCAAAAGUAGUGUACAAUGUAGUGUCAAAAGUAGUGUACUAUAUAGGGUCAAAAGGAGUGUACUAAAUAGUGUACCAGUGGGAUGCAGACCCUAGACUUCUAUAAAACUGUAUGUCUCAAGACUACUAGUCACUCUGUCAGAUACUGCAACAACAAAAGGCCCUGCCGAAAAACAGCCCUAAUUCUGAAGGAAUAGUAUUUAUUGUAAAAGGUGUCUCCUCAGCUUCAGGAGGUGGUGCUUGGUUGUCUUGGUGAGGGAGAUAGCUUCAGAAAUCUGAGGUCAGACAGUGGUUUGAUGUUGUGUAUGAAAAAAGAAACCCCAGCUCACUGAUAUUGCUGUAUGCGAGGAUAUAUACAGGAAUGCCAAGAAUACAAGGGAACGGACAAGAAUACUGGUGUGCUGGAGUUUCUAUUUCAAAUAUGAACUACCCUUUUUUCAACUGGUUUACUGCUGUGUCUAAUGUCUAGGGCUGGAGAGUGUGAUGGCCAACAUGGACAGUGACUACUAUGAGCGUCUGCAUGUGUGGGAGGGCUGGAGAGUAGAGGUGGGGAAGAAGAUGAGGCCUCUAUAUGAAGACUAUGUGGACCUGAAGAAUGAAGCUGCCAAACUCAAUGGUAGACCUACUACUGUACUAUACUACUACUACUACUGCUGAUACUACUGCUACUACUACUACUACUACUACUACUACUACCACUACUACUACUACUACUACUACUACUACUACUACUACUACUACUACUACUACUACUACUACUGCUGAUACUACUACUACUACUACUACUGCUGAUACUACUGCUACUACUACUACUACCAUUAUACUACUACUGCUGAUACUACUAAUACUAAUACUACUACUACUGCUGAUACUACUACUACUACUACUACUGCUGAUACUACUGCUACUACUACUACUAUUACUAUUACCACCAUUAUACUACUACUACUACUACUACUACUGCUGAUACUACUACUACUACUACUACUACUACUAGAUACUACUACUACUACUACUACUACUACUAUACUACUACUACUACUACUACUACUACUACUACUACUACUACUACUACUACUACUAUACUACUACUACUACUACUACUACUACUAUACUACUUACUAUACUACUACUACUAAUACUACUACUACUACUACUACUACUACUAUACUACUACUGAUACUACUGAUACUACUACUACUACCACCACCACCACCACCACUAUUACUACUACUAUACUACUAUUAUACUACUAUACUACUACUACUACUACACUACUACUACUGUUAUUAUAAUGCUAUACUACUAAAACUGCUACUACUAAUAUACUACUACUACUACUACUAUACUGCUACUACUACUGCUAUUAUUACUACUAUAGUCCUACUGCUAAUAUUACUACUACCACCACCAAUCCUACUACUACUACUACUACUACUACACAACUACUAUACUACUACUACUACUACUGCACAACUACUACACAACUACUAUACUACAACUGCACAACUACUACUACUACUACUACUACUACUACUACACUUCUACUAAUACAACUACUACUACAUUUACAUUUACGUCAUUUAGCAGACGCUCUUAUCCAGAGUGACUUACAGUUAGUGCAUACAUUAUUAUUUUUAAUUUUCAUACCCCAUGGGAAUCGAACCCACAACCCUGGCGUUGCAAACGCCAUGCUCUACCAACUGAGCUACCUACUACUACUACUACUACUACUACUACUACUACUACUACUACUACUACUACUACUACUACUACUACUACUACUACUACUACUACUACUACUACUACUACUACUACUACUACUAUAAUACUACUAUACUACUACUAUACUACUACUGCACAACUACUGUACUACUACUACAAACCUGUCCAACUACUACUACUAUAUCUAUCUCCACAGGUUAUGAGGACUACGGAGAUUACUGGAGGUCCAACUAUGAAACGAUCGAUGACAGCCCGUACAACUACCCCAGGGGCCAACUGAUGACCGAUGUGAGGCGCAUUUACAAAGAGGUACGUUGUCGAUUGUUGUGGUGCUUCAAUUACGCUGAGCUUUGCUCACAUACAAAUUCAAUAUUUUGAAUGUAGCAAAAACACUGUGAAAAAAAUAUUACUGAUACUAUUUUGUAUUAUUGGAUGUAUUUGUUAUUGCAUAUAUUAUUGUACUGUACAGUCAGGGUUGGGUAGGCUACUUUCUAAAUGUAAUCCGUUACUAGUUACCUGUCCAAAAUUGUAAUCAGUAACGUAACCUUUGGAUUACCCAAAUCAGUAAUGUAAUCUAAUUACUUUCAGUUACGUUUAGAUUUCCCCUUAAGAGGCACAGGUUAGUGUUUUUCCUCAUGAAUCUUGUUAUGGAGGCAGCUCUACAAAGUGGUCACUAGUUGGCACAGCCACAAAGUCGUAAAACCUGAUUUUAAACCUAACCCUAACCUUAACCCCAACAUUAACCACACUGCUAACAGCUAAUGUCUAACCCUAACCUUAAAUUAAGACCAAAAGCACAAAAAAAGUCAUACAUUUUUACAAUAUAGCCAAUUUUGACUCUGCAGCUGGUCCAUCUAGCUGAAACCCCUCAGUUCUGCCUCCAGGACAAGACUCAUCCCAAUAAACGUCAACCUGCUUAAGAGGCAUUAGAAGAAGACAAAAAUGAAUAUUACCAAUUGAACAACAUCCAUUGCAGGAUAAAUCAAUGUUAGAGUUCACAUAGCUCACCAUAAAUGCUCCCGAGUGGCGUAGCAGUCUAAGGCACUGCAUCUCAGUGCUGUAUCAAUGGGAGUCCCAUAGGGCGGCGCACAACUGGCCCAGUGUCGUCCGGGUUUGGCCGGUGUAGGCCGUCAUUGUAAAUAAGAAUGUGUUCUUAACUGACUUACCUAGUUUAAAAAAAGGUUGAAUAAAAAAAUAUAUGGAUUUAGCAUUUUACUUUAUGGGUUGGUUAUGUAGGCUUCUUCUAACCCAUUGCUUUCUACUACAGAUAAUAAUACGAUUAGGCUAUAUCUUUACAUAACAAAAACACCAGUCUGUCAGAUCUCCAAUCAUUCCAAUUAAUAGAAUUCCCAUUGAUCUUAAAGAAUAGGUCUUGGAAAUAUGGAAAUAUAGAUUAGUUAAAUAGUUUUUUCCCGAGUAUAACCCAAUAACUAAGGACUAAUUAGCCUACUCUUGCUGUUUAUGAUUUUGUUGUCAUGGACGACUGAUUGGGCUCCCUUGUGGUCUUCUUAAAUGCAACUCGUUGUGUACAGUAUGGAGCACAAUACCACGGGGGAGUUGAGAAGUGAGGAACUCCCUCAAACUUUUAUUCCAUAGGCUGGAAUCCGCAGCUGUUGCAAGAACGCAUUUUAUACUGGCAGUAUACUCUGGGGGCGUAUUCAUUACGCAGAUUCUGUUGCCAAACGUUUCUUAAACGGAAGCAAACAGAACGAAACGGGGAGGGACCUACCUGAAUUUGUCCAAUAGAAACUCUAGUUUUGCUCUGUUUGCUUCCGUUUCGUUCUUAAAAGGUAAACGGUUUCUUUAAUAAAUACACCCCUGGUCGCAAAAACAAUGAUGGAUAGGCAGCUUAAACACAUAUACAUUUGUGAACAUCCAUCCUCAUUCACAACAUCCACAAUCCAUAAGGCGCAAAUAGCUAAAUGAGAGAGCAGCAGUGUGAUUCAAAUCAAAUCGGUCACAUACACGUAUUUAGCAGAUGUUAUUGCGAGUGUAUGGAAUUAAGCAAUGGAAUUAAGAAUAUAUAAAUAAAUAUAUGGACGAGCAAUGUCAGAGCAGCAUAGACUAAGAUACAGUAGAAUAGUAUAGAAUACACUAUAUACAUAUGAGAUGAGUAAUGCAAGAUAUGUAAACAUUAUUAAAGUGACUAGUGUUCCAUUUAUUAAAGUGGCCAGUGAUUUCUAAUCUAUGUAUAUAGGCAGCAGCCUCUAAUGUGCUAGUGAAGGCUAUUUAACAGUCUGAUGGCCUUGAGAUAGAAGCUGUUUUUCAGUCUCUCGGUCCCAGCUUUGAUGAACCUGUACUGACCUCGCCUUCUGGAUGAUAGCGGGGUGAACAGGCAGUGGCUCGGGUGGUUGAUGUCCUUGAUUAUCUUUUUGACCUUCCUGUGAUGUGUUGGGCAGACACCCUCAGCCGCGGGCGGUGCAGUUGCCGUACCAGGCGGUGAUACAGGCCGACCGGAUGCUCUCAAUUGUACAAUUGUGUGGUCCUCUGUAGCUCAACUGGUAGAGCACGGCGCUUGUAACGCCAAGGUAGUGGGUUCGAUCCCCGGGACCACCCAUACACAUAAAUGUAUGCACGCAUGACUGUAAGUCGCUUUGGAUAAAAGCGUCUGCUAAAUGGCAUAUUAUUAUAUUAUUAUUAUUACAUCUGUAAAAGUUUGUGAGGGUUUUAGGUGCCAAGCCAAAUAUCUUCAGCCUCCUUAGGUUGAAGAGGCGCUGUUUUGCCUUCUUCACCUGUCUGCGUGGGUGGACCAUUUCAGUUUGUCAGUGAUGUGUGUACGCCGAGGAACUUGAAGCUUUCCACCUUCUCCACUGUGGUCCCGUCUAUGUGGAUAGGGGGGUGCACCCUCUGCUGUUUCCUGAAGUCCACGAUCAUCUCCUUUGUUUUGUGGAUGUUGAGUGAGAGGUUAUUUUCCUGGCACCACAAUCCCAGAGCCCUCACCUCCACCCUGUAGGCAGUCUCGUCAUUGUUGGUAAUCAAGCCUACUACUGUUGUGUCGUCUGCAAACUUGAUGAUUGAGUUGGAGGUGUGCUUGGCCACGCAGUCAUGAGUGAACAGGGAGUACAGGAGGGGGCUGAGCACGCACCCUUGUGGGGGAUCAGCGAAGUGGAGGUGUUGUUUCCUACCUUCACCACCUGGGGGUGGCCGUCAAGGAAGACCAGGACCCAGUUGCACAGCGCGGGGUUCAGACCCUGGGCCUCAAGCUUAAUGAUGAGGUUGGAGGGUACUAUGGUGUUGAAUACUGAGCUAUAGUCAAUGAACAGCAUUCUUACAUAGGUAUUCCCCUUGUCCAGAUGGGAUAGGGCAGUGUGCAGUGUGAUGGCGAUUGCAUCGUCUGUGGAUCUAUUGGGGCGGUAAGCAAAGCAAAGCACUCAAAGCACUUCAUGAUGACAGAAGUGAGUGCUAGGGGCUAUAGUCAUUUAGUUCAGUUACCUUUGCUUUCUUGGGUACAGGGACAAUGGUGGCCAUCUUGAAGCAUGUGGGGACAGCAGACUGGGUUAGGGAGAGAUUGAAUAUGUCCGUAAACACUCCAGCCAGCUGGUCUGCGCAUGCUCUGAGGACGCAGCUAGGGAUGCGGUCUGGACCGGCAGCCUUGCGAGGGUUAACAGGCUUAAAUGUCUUACUCACAUUUGCCACGGAGAAGGAGAGCCCACAGUCCUUGGUAGCGGGCCGCGUCGGUGGCACUGUAUUAUCCUCAAAGCGGGCGAAGCAGGAGUUUAGCUUGUCUGGAAGAAAGACGUCGGUGUCUGAGACGUGGCUGGUUUUCCUUUUGUAGUCCGUGAUUGUCUGUAGUCCCUGCCACAUACGUCUCGUGUCUGAGCCGUUGAAUAUGACUCCACUUUGUCCCUAUACCGUAGUUUUGCCUGUUUGAUUGACAUCAAUGCGCGAUGUAGCCUAGACGUCAGUAAUAAGUGAUAUCCGUAUCGCCCGGUAGGCUACCCCACUGCUGUCGUCCUUACCUCCAAGCGUUUAUUCAAAUUGGAUAAUCUUUGGAUGCCGACAUAGUCAUAGUUUAGAAUGUAGCCUACAAAAGCAUAUUCCUGCGAUCCAUCUAACGCAUUUGGUGUGUCAUAAUAGUGGUCUCUGACUUGUUGUCAGACUCGCUCAGGUGGAACAAAAAAAAUGUGCGCCUAAUUUCAAUGAUGAUUUGAAUGUCAUUGAGAAAACAGAAAGGUGUCAAAUAAUUUUUUCGCAUCCUUUCUUAAUUUCAAAAUAAUCCUAGAAGUAAUCAUCUAGUUUUUCAAAAGUAUCUGUAAUCUGAUUACAAUAUUUUUUUCUGGUAACAUAAUGGAUUACAGUUAGAGCUUUUUGUAAUAUGUUAUAUGUAUAAUCAGUUACUCCCCAACCAGAAUGCUUUCUUUGCAAAUCUGACUUGCCACAUCAAAGAUAUCGUGUUUUAUAUGUUUUAUUGCACACCACCAACUCUAUUUUGCCUUUCCAGAUCCUCCCCCUCUACAAAGAGCUGCAUGCCUACGUGAGGUCUAAACUACAGGCCAAACACCCUGAACACAUCCACCCAGAGGGGGGCCUACCUGCACAUCUACUGGGUAACAUCACCGGACAGGGCUCAGGGAGACCUACUGUGUGCCAGCUUUUGCUCCAACACUGCUGUAACAUGACUGAUUCAGUUUAUGAAGUUAUUCUCUCUCUCUCUCUCUCUCUCUCUCUCUCUCUCUCUCUCUCUCUCUCUCUCUCUCUCUCUCUCUCUCUCUCUCUCUCUCUCUCUCUCUCUCUCUGUCCAAUUCCCUUUUUCAGGUGACAUGUGGGGAAGGUUUUGGACAGGUCUUUACCCCAUCUCAACCCCUUUUCCAGAGAAAACAGAUAUUGAUGUGACCGACGCUAUGAUCGCACAGGUUGAGUGAAAAUAUAUUAUGAUCUGCUAUUUUAUGUAUCCAAUAUAACCUUGAAAAUUGUAGAAUAGGAAUUGUGGGUUGGAUCUGAAGGAAACAAGUGUGACUUUAAUAGGGACUUCUGUUACUUUCAAUUCUUACCUCCUAAUAUACAGUAUGAGUUAAACACCUUUUCUGUCAUUCCCAGAAUUGGCCUGAGGACAGACUGUUCAAAGAAGCAGAGAAGUUCUUCAUGUCGGUGGGUCUGUACAAGAUGUUUGAUAACUUCUGGAAUAACUCUAUGCUGACGAAACCUACUGAUGGCAAGAAGGCAGUGUGUCACCCUACGGCCUGGGACAUGGGGAACAGAGAGGACUUCAGGUAACAGGAAGCAUGUUCAUACUGUAUUUAGCCCUGGGCACGCAGUGAGUAGAGCCCUAGGGAGGGACAGAGAGAUUGCAUGUACUAGCCACUAAUAACAACAUUCUGGAUAUAGAACUCAUAUCAUGUUGUUAGUCACAGCAGCAUGUCAUAAAGAUAUGAAGGAACUCUGUUGUGAAACAUAAAUCAUCAAGGUAAAAUCCACAGCACAUGGAACUUCUUUUCAAAAUGCUGUACACACGUAGAAUGAAUUCUGAGGGAGUUUCUUAUUUUGUAGACUAUACCCCCUUACACCCAGCAUCAACCAUUAAUGAUUAAAUAUGAAUCACUGAACGCUUAACUUCUUCAACUUAUUAUACUGUAUUAUACUCUAUUACACUGUAUUACACUGUAUUAUACUGUAUUGCACUGUAUUAUUAUUCUCUAUAACACUGUAUUAUACUCUAUUACACUGUAUACUGUAUUACACUGUAUUACACUGUAUUAUACUGUAUUAUACUCUAUUACACUGUAUUACACUGUAUUACACUGUAUUACACUGUAUUAUACUCUAUUAUACUCUAUUAUACUCUAUUACACUGUAUUAUACUCUAUUACACUGUAUACUGUAUUACGCUGUAUUACACUGUAUUACACUGUAUUAUACUGUAUUACACUGUAUUACACUGUAUUACACUGUAUUAUACUGUAUUACACUGUAUUACACUGUAUUAUACUGUAUUAUACUCUAUUACACUGUACUUCCCUGACUUCAUCUACUUCUCCAAUUUCCCCAUUUCCAGGAUCAAGAUGUGUACGGAGGUGAACAUGGACAACUUCCUGACAGCGCACCAUGAGAUGGGCCACAACCAGUACCAGAUGGCCUACAGGAACCUGUCCUACCUGCUGAGAGAAGGGGCUAACGAGGGCUUCCACGAGGCCGUGGGGGAGAUCAUGUCCCUGUCCGCUGCCACACCCAAACACCUGAAGGCCCUGGGUCUCCUGCCAAGUGAAUUCGUUGAGGACAAAGGUGACACCUGAGUCAGGGGUAGGGGCAAGUAGUGGUACGAGCAAAUCUAGAUCUGAUAACAACAGUUAGACAACAGUUGUUGUUGUUGUUGUAGCUAGUCUAUGGAACAGCAGAGUUCCACCUGAACAGCUGAGUCUGGACCAGGGCAGGCAGGAGCAAAUCUACAUGUAUAUCUGAUGAGGAUAAUAGACACUGAGUCAGACCGUGUUGUUGUUGCUUUUGUUUCACGUUGUUUCAUCAAAAUGUCUCCUCUAGUGACUUUCAUGUCCCAAAUGACACCCUAUUCACUAUGAAGUGCCUUACUUUCGACCAGAGACCACUACACACUAUUUCCUAUAUAGCGUAAACAUUGUGGACGAAGCCUCUCUGAAACAGCGCUUCUUUCUCAUCCUCCCCAAUGCAGAGACUGAGAUCAACUUCCUGAUGAAGCAGGCCCUGACCAUCGUGGCCACCCUGCCCUUCACCUACAUGCUGGAGGAGUGGAGGUGGCAGGUCUUCCUGGGGACCAUCCCCAAGGACCAGUGGAUGCAGCGCUGGUGGGAGAUGAAGUAAGGAAGGACCUCUCCUGGAGCUUCUUCAGCUGGUCAUAGGUCAUAGGUCAUAGCUUAUUUAGCUUUAGGUGGUGGGAGAUAAAGAUUCAUAAACAAUAUAUCAGUGUUCUAUAUCAAUGUUAAGAAGGACCUCUAGUGGAGGCCUGUUGUUUUUACCUCAUAGCUGGUUUAGCAACACAGUCUAGGGACAUUACAAUGCUAACUUGAUGCUAACUCUGUUACCAGGAGGGAUAUGGUCGGUGUAGUGGAGCCCUUACCCAGAGAUGAGACAUAUUGUGACCCGCCUGCUCUGUUCCACGUGUCCGGAGACUACUCCUUCAUCAGGUCUCAUUUCAAUACCCCUCACAUCCAACCAUUCUCAAUACCCCUCACAUCCAGACAUUCUCAAUACCCCUCACAUCCAACCAUUCUCGUUGUAAUGCCGUAUCUGUCUUUUUGCAGAUCUGGGUCCAAUAGCAAUCGAGGUGCGCUUGAUUUAGUUUGGAAUUUGCAUUUUUGGGACUAUUAAAUUGGUUCCAUUGUACCUGGUAAACUAAAUCAAGCUUAGCUCAAGUAUUAGAACAUAUGUAACUAUGUACAGUACAUGUAUAAGGAAGGACCUAUCCUAGAACUUCUUCAGUGUGUCAUAGGUCAUUUAGCUUUAGGUGGUAGGAGAUGAAGACGCAUAGAUAUGUAUUUGACCCAGGACGGUCUCUGUCUGUCAUAGAUACUUCACCAGGACAUGUACUGUAUUUGACCCAGGACUGUCUCGGUCUGUCAUAGAUACUUCACCAGGACAUGUACUGUAUUUGACCCAGGACUGUCUCGGUCUGUCAUAGAUACUUCACCAGGACAUGUACUGUAUUUGACCCAGGACGGUCUCUGUCUGUCAUAGAUACUUCACCAGGACAUGUACUGUAUUUGACCCAGGACUGUCUCGGUCUGUCAUAGAUACUUCACCAGGACAUGUACUGUAUUUGACCCAGGACUGUCUCUGUCUGUCAUAGAUACUUCACCAGGACAUGUACUGUAUUUGACCCAGGACUGUCUCUGUCUGUCAUAGAUACUUCACCAGGACAUGUACUGUAUUUGACCCAGGACGGUCUCUGUCUGUCAUAGAUACUUCACCAGGACAUGUACUGUAUUUGACCCAGGACUGUCUCUGUCUGUCAUAGAUACUUCACCAGGACAUGUACUGUAUUUGACCCAGGACUGUCUCUGUCUGUCAUAGAUACUUCACCAGGACAUGUACUGUAUUUGAUCCAGGACUGUCUCUGCCUGUCAUAGAUACUUCACCAGGACAUGUACUGUAUUUGACCCAGGACUAUCUCUGUCUGUCAUAUAUACUUCACCAGGACAUGUACUGUAUUUGACCCAGGACUGUCUCUGUCUGUCAUAGAUACUUCACCAGGACAUGUACUGUAUUUGACCCAGGACUGUCUCUGUCUGUCAUAGAUACUUCACCAGGACAUGUACUGUAUUUGACCCAGGACUGUCUCUGUCUGUCAUAGAUACUUCCACCAGGAGCAUGUACUGUAUUUGACCCAGGACUGUCUCGGUCUGUCAUAGAUACUUCACCAGGACAUGUACUGUAUUUGACCCAGGACUGUCUCGGUCUGUCAUAGAUACUUCACCAGGACAUGUACUGUAUUUGACCCAGGACUGUCUCGGGUCUGUCAUAGAUACUUCACCAGGACAUGUACUGUAUUUGACCCAGGACUGUCUCGGUUUGUCAUAGAUACUUCACCAGGACAUGUACUGUAUUUGACCCAGGACUGUCUCGGUCUGUCAUAGAUACUUCACCAGGACAUGUACUGUAUUUGACCCAGGACUGUCUCGGUCUGUCAUAGAUACUUCACCAGGACAUGUACUGUAUUUGACCCAGGACUGUCUCGGUCUGUCAUAGAUACUUCACCAGGACAUGUACUGUAUUUGACCCAGGACUGUCUCGGUCUGUCAUAGAUACUUCACCAGGACAUGUACUGUAUUUGACCCAGGACUGUCUCGGUCUGUCAUAGAUACUUACCAGGACAUGUACUGUAUUUGACCCAGGACUGUCUCGGUCUGUCAUAGAUACUUCACCAGGACAUGUACUGAUUUGACCCCGGACUUCCGGUCUGUCAUAGUACUGUCACCAGACAUGUCGUAUGACCCGGACUGUCUCGGUUGUCUAGAUACUCACCAGGGCAUACUAAUUGACCAGGACUGUCCGGUCGUCAAGAACUCCCAGGACAUGUACUGUAUUGAACCGGACUGUUUGGUCUGUCAUAGAUACUUCAACCAGGACAGUAUGUAUUGACCAGGACUGUCCGCUACAUAGAUACUCACCAGACAUGUAACUGUAUUGACACCAGGACUUCUGUCUUCAUAUUUCACAGGACAUGUCUGUAUUUGGACCAAGACUGUCCGGUCUGUCAUAGAUACAUUUCAGGACAUUAUGUUGACCAGAUGUCUCGGUCCCUGUCAUAGAUACUUACCAGGACAUUCCUGUUUGACCGGCUGUCUCAGGUCUAUAGAACUACAGGAAGUACGUAUUGACCCAGGACUGUCUCGGUGUCAUGGAUACUUCACCAGGACUGAUGGACCCAGUGAGUUCGUACUCAUAGAGUAGCUGUCACCUACCAUUACUUAUGGACAGACUCUACGUCUGCAUAGUACAUCAUCGGAUCAUUAAGUUAGUUGGCCCAGUGGAUCUAAGCCGCAUCGCAGUAGCAACUUCACUCAGGACGAUCUGAGUUGACCCAAGCUCUGUCGCAGCCUGCCGACAGGAAUCAUGGCUCGCCAUUGGAUCUGUGAGGCGGCUGGCCACUCUGGACCCUUAUUUAAGUGUGACAUCACCGACUCUAAAGCGGCCGGGAACAAGCUCAGGUACUCUUAUUAAAUCUGUUUGUUGUUGCGUCUGUCAUGUCUACUUCUAAUAAUGCCGAAUGGCCAAUGAACAAACAAACAAACAAGUAAACAAACAACCAAAUCUCAUUUUACAGGACGAUGCUGGAGUUUGGGAGGUCAAAGUCGUGGACCAGAGCCUUGGAGACGAUUUCAGGAAAUGCGAAGAUGGACUCCGCCCCUCUCCUGGACUACUUCAAGGACCUCCAUGUUUGGCUGACAAUAGAAAACAGGAAGAACAACAGGACGCCAGGAUGGAGAGCAGCUGAGGACCCAUGUGAGUACCUAUAGAGUAGUGUCCCUAUCCAUACUAGGACACUAUCUAGUAUGCAUAGUCAAUACAUCGCGUCAUACUAAGUUGUAUGACAUUUUAGAUAUAGUAAAAAAGAUUUUAUUCUAUAUAUAAUAAUGCAUCUCUUUUUUAUCUGUUCAACAGUCUCAGAGAAUGCCUACAAAGUGAGGCUGAGUCUGAAAGCAGCUAUGGGUGACAAGGCAGUGAGUACACUAAACUGAAUUUACUGUGGUUGUAAAACAGCUCCACUACCUUUUCAUUUGGACAAUCUCAUCAUGUAAUCCAGUUGAGUUUACUUCAUAUUUUCUCUUCCAGUACACUUGGAAUGCCAAUGAGAUGUACCUGUUCAAAGCAAACAUGGCCUACGCCAUGAGACAGUAUUACCUUGAGGUCAACAAGACGGCAGCUCUUUUCACGUAAGUGUUUCACAAUAAAAGUCCACAGGUUGCUUCACAAUAAAAGUCCACCCAGACAUCACUCUCGGCUUUGCUUCUCUUUAUGAGGUCAUUCACUCCCAUCACAUUCCAGCAUGAAAACAUAUAUUUUGGAUCAAUAUUAUCUAUUUGAAUCUUCUUGUGACACCACCUCUUUUUAUGACCUUUGCCCCAGGACAGAGAACAUCCACACCUACAGGGAGACAGCCAGAAUCUCUUUCUACUUCGUGGUGACUGACCCUGCCAACCCUGCCAUGGUCAUUCCCAAAGCUAAAGUAGAGGCUGCUAUCAGGUAAAGGAGUCAACCCUUGAACAUGAGCUGAUUACACAUACUAAAAUGCACUUUGCCCAAUCAUAUCUGCCAAACUGAUGGAGUGAGUGAUACCACAGGACUGUCUGAAACAGAUUGAGUAAUACCACUUUGUGUAGCAUUCUUGAUGCGGUUUCUGAAACUACAGCCAUAAACAAAGUUGUAUUUUUCCCCCAGCAUUCAUUAAAUCCUCUUAUGGGUGUUUUAUUCCAGUAUUUGUACUUGAAACACCCCUAACAUUACCCAUAACCCCAUGACUCAAGCCAUCGUCCAUCUCACUAGGUUGUCCAGAGGUCGAAUCAACGACGCAUUCAAACUGGACGAUAACACUCUGGAGUUUGAGGGUCUCCUAGCAACGCUGGCCCCGCCCGUGGAGCAGCCGGUCACCGUCUGGCUGGUGGUGUUUGGGGUGGUCAUGGGACUGGUGGUCUGCAUGGGCUGUUACCUCAUCAUCUCUGGCUUCAGAGACAGGAAGAAGUGAGUCUGGGCUGUAUUCAUAAUAGGGUUGAUCAUAUCUGGCUUCAGAGACAGGAAGAAGUGAGUCUGGGCAGUAUUCAUAAUAGGGUUGAUAAUCUCUGACUUCAGAGAAAGGAAGAAGUGAGUCUGGGCCAUAUUAAUAAUAGGGUUGAUCAUCUCUGACUUCAGAGACAGGAAGAAGUGAGUCUGGGCCGUAUUAAUAAUAGGGUUGAUCAUCUCUGGCUUCAGAGACAGGAAGAAGUGAGUCUGGGCCAUAUUAAUAAUAGGGUUGAUCAUCUCUGACUUCAGAGACAGGAACAAGUGAGUCUGGGCCAUAUUCAUAACAGGGUUGAUCAUCUCUGGCUUCAGAGACAGGAACAAGCGAGUCUGGGCCAUAUUCAUAAUAGGGUUGAUCAUCUCUGGCUUCAGAGACAGGAACAAGUGAGUCUGGGCCAUAUUCAUAACAGGGUUGAUCAUCUCUGGCUUCAGAGACAGGAAGAAGUGAGUCUGGGCCGUAUUCAUAACAGGGUUGCAAAAUUCUUCCAACCAGGAUUUCUGGAAAAACAGGGAAUUUGGGCAAAGUUACUGGAAUUUUGCAACCCUUUCAUAAAGCAUACCAGAGUAGUCAUGCUGAUCUAGGAUCAGGUCCUCCCUGUCCCUGUAAUCGUAUUCAUUAUGAUCUAAAGGCUAAACUGAUCCUAAGUCAGCGCCAACAGUGAGACGCUUUAUAUUGUUGUUUUAAGGAAGUGAACUUUGUUGUUUUACGGAAGUGAAAAGAGUGAAGAGAGAGCUUCAAAUACAGUUUGAACCAAACUUAAUCCUGAACUCAAAUCAUGAAUUUAAAUCCUGCAAUCUAGUCAAGCUAAAUCAACAACUCCUCAAGUAUUUGACACAUGUAUUCGACCCAGGUCUGGAAUAGACACAUUAAUUGCGUCAUAACUGGCAAAGUGUGAGGUUGUUAAUAAAACGUUGAAAAUGUAUCUUAAAUUGCUUGAAUGAACAUGACACAUAUAGUUCUUCUUCUUCUUCUUCUUCUUUCUUCGUUUACAGGAAAUCCGCAGCGAAAGCUGAAGAGAAAGCAGAGAACCCCUACGAAAACGAACCGGUUGGGGGCGUGACCAACAAAACAUUUGAGAUGGAAGAGGCUGAACAGACAGGAUUCUGAUUGUCAGUAUGAAGGUUUCAGACCAUCUGACAGAUCUGAAACCCCUACAGCACAGCUCUUUCAAGUCCAACAUUAGAAGUUGGAUCGUUUGUGUAAAUUAUGUACAUGGAUCAAUUCAAGACAUUUGUAUAGUGUUUUAGAAUACUACAUUUUAUUCUAAAUAAAAAUACUUAAUGAAAGGCACAGAAAAAUAAUAGAAAAGCAUUAAUCAUCUGACUAAACUACCAAUAAUUGAAAAAUACACAAAUAAUGAUCAUUUGUUUGUAUGAUACAUAUCUACUUAUCUCUGCAAUAGCAGAAUAACAGGUGCAUUAUUGCAUUUCACAUACAUAUUGUAAUAUCAGUAUACCUCCAUACAUAUUGUAAUAUCAGUAUACCUC